GAGGGGAAGCUGCGCAUGUGCGGGGGAGAGCCCUCACCUUCCCUUCAUGCAGAGGAAAUGACCAAUGAGGAGAUCUGGAGGACCGGAAGGACUCUGGUCCUCCAGCCAAUCAGAGCGCGAGCGUUGUGUGACUGAAGAUUGAGCUGCAUACAGACUAAAACUUCUUCCUGUGUCCAACAUCUGAUAUUAGAAGAGGAGAAUUUACAGACAGAAAUCUCAAACCAAACAUCACGUCAGAAUCUGACAAGUCAUUCAAUUCAUCAGGACCUGAAUAUCAUUGGUCUUUGAAUAUAGAAGGAGAAAUGUUUCCCUGUUCUGUCCGCAUCAAAAGAAUUUAAACAUCAGUGUGACUGGAAAAGCAUCGAAAUGCAGACAUCUGAGUGAGUGGGUUCCAGUGCACUAACUGCGGAAAGAGCUUUAAUCAGUUACACAGCCCAAAAUAAAUCGCACCAUUCACAGCAGGGAGAGACUAAACGUGUUCUGUGUGUGGACGAGGCUUUGACUGAUAUUCAAACCUCGAUAGUCACAAGGGCACCCACCAUGGAGAAACGGUGGAAAUGUGGGAACUGUGAGAUGGGAUUCAAAGCCCCAUCAGAUCUGGAAACUCAUCGACGCAUACACACCGGGGAGAGACCGUUCACCUGCUUUGUGUGUGGGAAGGGAUUUAUUAAGUCAUCCAACCUGAAGCUACACCAGCGAGUUCACAGCGCAGAGAGGCCAUACACCUGCUCUGUGUGUGGGAAGGGAUUCAUUGAUUCAUCCACCCUGCAGAAACACCAGCGAGUUCACACCGGGGAGAGGCCAUUCACCUGCUCUGAGUGUGGGAAGGCAUUUACUCAGUCAUCCCACCUAAAGACACACCAGAGAGUUCACAGUGGAGAGAGGCCGUUCACCUGCUCUGACUGUGGAAAGGGAUUCACUCAGUCAUCCCUGCUGCAGAUACACCAGCGAGUUCACAAUGGAGAGAAGCCAUUUUGCUGCUCUGCAUGUGGGAAGGGAUUCACUGAUUCAUCCAACUUGCAGAGACACAAGCGAGUUCACACCGGGGAGAAGCCAUUCACCUGCUCUGAGUGUGGGAAGGGAUUUACUCAGUCAGUGCACCUGCAGACACACCAGCGAGUUCACACUGGGGAGAGGCCAUUCACCUGCUGUGUGUGUGGGAAGGGAUUCACUUGUUCAUCGGAGCUGCUGAGACACCAUGGCAGUCACACUGAUUAGAGAUUUUUUAGAUAUUCUGAUUGUGGGUGUUAAUUGUCUCUAUUCAGGUUAAGUAGAUAUUGAUUGGAUAUUUACAUGAGUACACAUGAAUAGAGACUUACUGACAUAGUGUGGAGUCAGGAGGAAUAUACCUGUAAUGUUUCACUCUGUGAAUAAAUCUAUACCAAAAUAAUGAUUGUCUCCACCCUAAGGCUGUCAGGAUUAGAAUAUGGUAACAGAGAAAGCUGGUCUAAUACUGAAGUUUGAAAUUUAUAGGAAAGUAAAAUUUCAGACAGAAGCUUACAAUCUGAGUAGCUUUUGUGAGAAAUGGCUGAAAGCAAGUGGGAAUUGUCAGGGUCUAAUUACCCAUGGAUGAGGCUGCAACUGAUCGUUGAAUUCACAAUGAGGAGAGACUGUUCACCUGAUCUGAGGUUGGGAAGGGAUUCAGCCAUUGAUGCACCCGGCUGAGACACCAGCGAGUUUCUACCACUGCAGGUCGAUCUAAAAGAAAUACAUUUGUCUCUGUUCCAUUGAGUCUACAGCACAGGGCCAGGCCAGUCAGCUCAGUUGGUCUAUGUCAGUACUUCUGCUCCACAUGAAACAUCAUCCACUCCUCUUCAUCUCCCCCACCCCCAUCAGCAAAUUUCUCUAUUCCUUUAUCCCUCAUGUGUGUAUCUAAUUUCCUCUUAAAUGUACUCAAGCAGCCCAGCCUUUCCUAAGGGUUAAAUGCUCUCAGUUCUGAUAUUAUUCUUGUGAAUCUUUGUUGCCUCUUCUCCAGUGCCUCUAUUUCCUCUUUCUAAAAGAGAUCACAAAUGUUAACAGUACUCCCAGCGUAGGCUAACCAUGGUUCGGAGCGAGUUGAACAUAACUUCCCAAGUUUUCAAAUCUAUCUUUCCCUCUAGAAUGGAACCCGAUAUCUGGGCCUCACAGAUGUGAAGUUCUUAGAGAGACUGGAGAGAGGAUUUAUGAGAAUGGCACCAGGAAUGAGGGGUUUAGUUAAUGGAGGAACUGAAAUUUCUCUCUGUAGAUCAUAGAGUCAUUAGGGUAGGGAAUGGGGCCAUUCAGCCCAUUGAGUUCAUACCGAAUUCCUAAAGAGCAAACCAGUCAGUCCCAUUGCCCCAUUCUUCCCCGUAUCCCUGGUAGUUUAUUUCUCUCAAGUGCCCAUCCAAUCUCGUUUCAAAAACAUUCCAUCAUCUCUGCUUCUACCACAUUCAUAGGAAGUGGGUUCCAGGUCAUUAUCACUCACUUUAACUGCACACGAAGCUCACAGAACACAGAAGGAGGCUAUUUGGCCCAUUGUGCCCAUGCUGGCUCUUUGAAAGAGCUAUCCAAUUCAUCCCAUUGUCCUAUAGUUUUGUUUUUCUUUCAAGGAUCUGUCCUGUUCCCUUUUCAAAGAUAGAUUCAAAUCUGCUCCUCGCACCAUUUUCAGGCAGUGCAUUCCACAUCACAACAAUUCGCUGUGUUUACAUACAAAUAAUUCAGGAAAUAACUGUGUUUUGAUUUUCAGAGUAUUCAGAAUGGAAUCAAAGACAUGGUUAUUACACAAAAUUGAAGCUCAAUCUUUAUCAAUGAUUUUGAUGAGGGGACUGAACUUAAAUAAGCAAGUAUGCGGACAAUUAGAAAUAACUUGCAUUUCUAUAGCACCUCUCAUGAUCACAGAACCUCCUAAAAUGUUUUACACUCAACAAAGAACAUUUGAAGUAUAAUCACAGUUGUAAUGUAGGAAACUGUAUGUAGGCCUGGGUAAUCAAAUUUCCUUUUAAAAUUCAAUCACUUUCAUACCAUAUUCACUGUUAUGAGUAACAAGGUCAAGGAAGCCAUUUUAAACCCUAACAUGUGGCUUGCUGCAGCCAUUUCACAUUCUGUAACUUUAUUAACUAUAUAUUGAUUUUGUAUUGAAAGGCAGUCUUGAAACAAAUGAUUAUUCAGUAAUAAACCUUGCAAUGUAAGAGAUAAUUACUUUGUAAAGGCUGGAUAUUUAUUUUAAAAAUUAACACUGUAUAAACUGAAAUGUUUCUCGACACUGCAGAGCUAGCAGUAAUUGUUUAAACAAAGACAUUCUUUUCUAAUUUUGAUAAGCUACAGGACUUCAUAUUCUGUCAAAGUCCAGCU